GUUAAAAAGAAGAAGAAGAGCUAAGUGAAAGCAAACACCCAAAACACAAAACCAUUCCAAGAAAGAACAGAAAAAAAAAAACCGAAUUCGUCCCCCCCCCCCAAAAAAAAAUGUUCCAUGGCGGAGUCCCGGAGCAGCUCCGCCGCUUCAUAGCCGCGCCUCCGCAGCCACGGACGCCGGAGAUGGCGGCGGCGGCGGCGACAAGGGCCACACCUUUCCCUGUGUCUUUUUCUUCCUUUGAGACCACCGACCAUUUCAUGAACUCCGUCUUGGGUAAUAACAACCACAAGAUCAUUCAUCACCAUGAUCAUCAUGUUGACAUCAAAGAUGCUGGGAAUUCCAGAUGGAUGGGUCCCAUGAAUCAUGAUGACGAUGGUCAUCAGUAUCGUCAUCAUCAUCAUCACCAUCCAUGGUCUAGCGAUGAGGUUCUUGCCCUUCUCAGGCUCAGAUCUACAGUGGAGAAUUGGUUCCCUGGGUUCACUUGGGAGCACAUCUCCAGAAAGUUGAUGGAGGUUGGGUUUGAAAGGACUCCACAAGAAUGCAAAGAGAAGUUCGAAGAAGAGGAGAGAAGAUAUUUCGGCAAUAAUAAUAGCAAUGAUCACAUCAACCAUUACAACAACAAUGGCAAAGGCAAUAUCAGAAUGUUUAGCGAGCUUGAAGAGUUUUAUCAUCAUCAUGGUCAUGAUGAACAUGUCCAUGAUGAUGAUCAUGUAUCAUGUGAAGAUGGGCACGGUCAAAACAAGAGGCAGAAGCCAGUAGAAGAGCCAAGAAACCAAGCAAAAGACAGAAUGGGACAAGACAUGGAAGAGGGCCCGAGGGAAGAGGAGGAGGAAGUGGGGAUACACCAUGGCAAAAGCGAAAACAUUGAAAAUGAUGGGAAAUCAUCAUCAUCAUCAUCAAGUGCGAUGGCCAUGAUGAUGAUGAUGAUGGGCGAGAAGAAGAAGAAGAAGAAGAAGAAGAGGAAGAAGGAGGGGUUUCAGCUGUUGAAAGGGUUUUGCGAAGGUCUCGUGAGGAACAUGAUUGCCCAACAAGAGGAGCUUCACAGGAAGGUUCUAGAAGAUAUGGUGAAGAGAGAUGAAGAAAAGGUGGCAAGAGAAGAAGCAUGGAAGAAACAAGAAAUGGAGAUGAUCAACAAGGAGCUUGAGAUUAGGGCACAUGAACAAGCCCUAGCAAGUGACAGAAACUCCACCAUCAUCAAGUUCAUCUCCAAGUUCACAUCUUUGAGUGAAGAUGACAACCAUCACCAACAACAACAUCGACAUGGGAAUAAGGUCCAAAGCCCUAGCACUUCUCAAAGUUCAUCUUCUUUGGUUCUACCAGAAACCCCAAACAGCAAAAUUCAAACUUUAUCAUCUCAAACCCGGAUUUCCGAAAGUCGUUUAUCUUUCCACCACAACAAUGAACCCAUUUCAGUUCAAACCCUAAAAACCAAUACCCAUAACCCCAAACCGCCAAAAAGUGAUGGAAACUGCGACCUUGGCAAGAGAUGGCCAAGGGAUGAGGUUUUGGCUCUGGUUAACAUCAGGUGUAGCAUCAGCACCAAGAUCAAUUGCGACCAUCAUGAUCAUGAAGACCAACAUCAUAAAGAUGGACCAUCAUCAACAUCAAAGGCUCCUCCUCUGUGGGAGAGAAUCUCGAAGAAAAUGCUGGAAUUGGGGUACGAGAGAAGUGCCAAGAGAUGCAAAGAGAAAUGGGAGAACAUCAAUAAGUACUUCAGGAAGACCAAAGACGUUAGCAAGAAGAGGCCAGUUGACUCUAGGACUUGCCCUUAUUUUUACCAACUAAGCGCUUUGUACAGCCAAGGCUCCCUCGCCGGCGCUACCGCCGGAAAGGAAUAUUCCGGCGGCCAAGACCCGGAAACCCGAGUCGUAUCUUCGAACAUUGAGUCUGGAGAUGAUCCAAAAAUGCACGUAGCUGCGAAUGGUGAUGAUUACGAGAAGAACACAGUUCAAACUUCGGGUUUCGAUUUUGAGUUCUAGUUUUUUUUUUCUGUCGGAUUGGAAAUUUUAAAAUUUUUGUCAUAAUUUCAAGUUUUAUAUAUCUAUACAUAUCGACAUGCAGAUACGAAUUAAGCGUCAUAAUCGUGCGAUUAA